AAAAUCAGAAGUUGGUGGCCCCUGGGUCCAGCUGUACUGUUCAGCUAGAGAGAGAGAGGGACUGUGUCAUAGAGAGAGAGGGGGUGUCCUAGAGAGACACAGACUCACGUUUGUUGUUGUUGUUGUUGUUAUUGUAACUUGGGAGAGGUGUUUGGUGUUUCUUUGUUUGUAUUUGCAGAGAAAUAACAAAAAGGCUGCAUUUUUUUUUUUUUUUUUUUCUUUCUGUUUUUUAUUUUUUAUUUUUUGUUCUGGGUAUUUGUUGGAUCAGAUUUAAGGGAGUGAACACGAAGUUCAAAGAUGAAAGAGCUCUCGAUCUGAGCUUCUCUAACUUUGAUUCUGGAUUCUGGCUCUGGCUGCUGACUUUAUCUAUGACUCUGAGUUUCUGAGAUGGAACAAUCUUCGAAUGCCCAAAGGGGCAUCCGAGUUCAAGCUCCACUGGUUGAUUCUGUAUCAUGCUAUUGCAGAGUAGAUUCAGGCUUGAAAACUGUCGCUGGGGCAAGAAAAUUUGUUCCCGGAUCAAAGCUUUGUAUUCAGCCCGAUAUCAAUCCUAAUGCACACAAGAGCAAAAACUCACGGCGGGAAAGGACUCGAGUGCAGCCACCCCUCCUGCCCGGCCUUCCUGAUGAUCUUGCCAUUGCUUGUCUGAUCCGAGUCCCUCGUGUUGAACAUAGAAAACUCCGUCUAGUUUGCAAGAGAUGGCGCCACCUUCUGGGUGGAAACUUCUUUUAUUCUCUUAGGAAAAGUCUUGGAAUGGCAGAAGAGUGGGUUUAUGUCAUCAAAAGAGACCGUGAUGGAAGGAUUUCUUGGCAUGCUUUUGAUCCCAACUACCAGCUAUGGCAGCCACUUCCACCUGUCCCCAGGGAAUACUCUGAAGCGUUGGGUUUUGGCUGUGCGGUUCUUAGUGGUUGUUACCUGUACUUAUUUGGAGGAAAAGAUCCACUAAAGGGAUCUAUGAGACGGGUCAUUUUCUACAAUGCACGGACAAAUAAAUGGCAAAGGGCACCGGAUAUGCUUCGAAAACGUCAUUUCUUUGGUUCUUGUGUCAUAAAUAACUGCCUUUAUGUGGCCGGUGGGGAAUGUGAAGGAAGCCAAAGGACUCUCAGUUCUGCUGAAAUUUAUGACCCUAACAGGAAUCGGUGGAGCUUUAUCUCAGAUAUGAACAUGGCUAUGGUGCCAUUUAUCGGGGUUGUUCACAAUGGAACAUGGUUUCUAAAAGGACUCGGGUCUCACCAUGAGGUCAUGAGCGAUGCCUACUCUCCUGAAACUAAUACCUGGACCCCUAUUAGUGAAGGGAUGGUCUCGGGUUGGCGGAACCCUAGUAUCUCCUUAAAUGGACAGCUCUAUGCCUUGGAUUGCCGGGACGGAUGCAAGCUAAGAGUUUAUGAUGGACCCACAGAUUCGUGGAACAAAUUUAUAGAUAGCAAGCUCCAUCUAGGGAGCUCUCUCGCUCUAGAGGCAGCCGCUCUGGUUCCCCUCAACGGGAAGCUUUGCAUAGUCCGUAACAACAUGAGCAUCAGCCUAGUUGAUGUCUCUAGUCCAGAUAAACGUGUGGAGAGUAACCCCCACCUUUGGGAAAAUAUUGCGGGGAAAGGCCAUUUCAGGACUCUUGUCACAAAUUUGUGGUCAAGUAUAGCAGGCCGAAGUGGCUUGAAGAGUCACAUCGUUCACUGCCAGGUGCUUCAAGCAUGAGAAUCACAGUCCAUAUCUCAAGCUUUGCUUAUGGAAAGACUGGGAAGAAAUGGAAAGGGGGAAUUGAAUUAUCUAGGGCAAAAUAUUGAUUUAUUGGAAUCUCCAUCCUCAUUUAAGGUGAGAGGUUCAAUAUGGGACACAACAGAUGAUGUGUUUUUUUCAUGCAGUUACAAGGCGAAGGUGACUUCUAUUGGUUUUGGCAAUAGAAUUGAGGUCAUUUCUAUUGGCUUUGGCAAUAGAAUUGAGGUCAUUUCUUUACAUUCUUGAGAGAGAGGAUACUUGUAAAUCUUGUUAUUGGGUUUAGGGUUGUUGUGUCUUUUGUUGUGGGAUCUUAUCUUAGUAAUAUGUAAUCUUGAAGGUGCUUUGUGAAUAUAUAUGGUCUAUUAAAGAUAGAUAAGUCAAAUAUACUUCAAUUGAUGUACA